GGAGAGGCAGGAAUAAAAGCCGGGGGGGCUCGUCGCCAAGACAUCAGACAGAACCCAGCCGUUCUCGAGACAAGCACACAUCAAGUCCCACCUUGUGGCCUUCUUGUCCUGGUGGAAACAUUCUCAUUUCCCACCUUCUGGGUUACAGUUUUGGUGUUACAUCGUGUUAUAUACAUAAGCCUCCGCCUUCUGGAUUACAGUGCGUAGCUUCAAUGUGGAAUGAGAUGGCAGUCUCUCACAGCCCUCUCCGACAAGCAUUGCAAGAAAUGGAGGCGAGCAGCAACGGGAGUCUGCACACCAUCAAGCUGCUGGAGCUGCCGAGGGUGGAGGUGCUCAACCAGUUCUCCGACGUGCGCCUCCUGGUGGAGUCCAACAGCGGCGCUAAGGUCUACGGAGCCAGACGCCUCCACUCAGGCACCAGCGUCGUUCUCAAGUGUAUGCACAAGAAGAACACAAACAUGAAGGAUUUUAUCCGCGAGUUCCACUACAACUAUUGCCUCAGUUCUCAUCCGAAUAUUGUGAAAUGCUUCGAUGAAGCCUUUGAAACAUCUGACUCGUAUGUGUUUACACAAGAAUAUGCGCCAGUGAGUGACCUCUCCAAGUUUGUGAAGAUAGGCGGGAUCGGUGAGACGCGAGCCAAGAGAGUUGUGGAACAGGUAGCCCAAGCUCUCGAGUUCAUCCGGAAGCAGGAACUGGUCCAUCGUGAUAUAUGCCUGGAAAAUAUCUUCGUUUUCAACCGAGAAGUGACACGUUUCAAGUUGGGGGACUUCGGCAGCACUCAGCGGGCAGGAGCCCUUGCGCCGAAGAUGAAAGUCCGGUCCCCUUGGGCGCCGCCAGAAGUGUACCGGGAGGGUUACCGCGUCCACAGCGGCCAGGACGCCUGGCAGCUCGGGAUACUCAUCUACAUGUGCCUGACGGGGUCAUAUCCGUGGUCCUUAGCCGACACAACGGACUGUAACUACAGCGCGUGGGUGGCUUGGCUCAAGCGCAAGACCACAAAGGUGCCACCUCGAUUCAGGUGCUUCACUCCUCGCCUUCUACGACUCUUGCGUUGCUUGCUGCAUCCCAACCCAGACAACCGUACGGGCAUGGGCAAGGUGAACAAGCACCUCUCUUGUUCAUGGCUGGUGAAAGAAGCGCAAGACUUCGGCAUCUCAAUGGAUAGCCCCACAGAGUUCAUGUAUAAUCAAUCGCUGUUUAAUCGUGCAUGGAGGAAACUGACUGAGUUAUUUCAUUUCCACACUCACCGGACCGGUCAUCGGGAGGUCAACAAGUCGAGCUCCCGCCAGAUCUCGACGACGGCUCAGGAGUAACGCCCUAAAACAGCGUUACACCUCAAACGUUCCAAAUAAACAGGAUUCCAGAUCUCAUUAAAAUGUCGUAUCACUGAAGUGGGACGCAACCCGGCCUUGAACCCUUGCUGCUGUGGUGGUGCCUCUGAAGCAGGUCAGACGCCGCCCUCGGCCUUCCCUGUCGGGGACAGUACCGCAAGGUUCUCAGUGUGGUUCAACUGUGAUAUAAUCUGCCUCUUCGGCCACACCGUUGACUGUGUACCUCAGUCACACCCGGCCACACCGUAGUAUUACUUAGUAUAACCUGGAAAUGUGCAGUAUUAUUUAUUUUAUCUUGCGUAUGUAUUUACGCACACACACUCACAUACACACAUUCUCCCUUGCACACUUACAUACAUACACAGACUCACACACACAGACUCGGGGCCUCGUAGCCUGGUGGAUA